GUCUGGUCUGGUAUAGCAUACUAGCCGUGACGGUGACAGUAAGAGAUCGAUCAUGAUUGGCAAAACAUUAGACAUUCCGUCAGGGCCACUCGGCUGACCCUUGGAGUACGUAUAACGGUAAGGUAUAAACCGGGUGUGUUAUUGCAUGAGGUCGACCCUGGUCGACCGGGUCGGUACCCCGGACUGGGAUUGCGGGGAAACACGCGGAGGAAAUCACGCGCGAGUGACACGGACAAGCACGAGCGCCCAUUGGCAGCUCAUUAUAGCCGACCAGAUGCAGUCUGCGGCAGUCCUUCGCACAUCCUGUUAUAUUUCCGACGGACGUCCUCGCCUCCGCAGGGUUCGCACUCUGUAACAGACCACCAUGAGCGAUACGUCGUCCGAAGAGGUGCUUGUAAUCGCGAACGCGCCGACGUCGACGGCGGACUCGAUCAAGUCGUUCCUUGCGGGAGGGUUUGGUGGUGUCGCCGCAGUACUCGUAGGUCAUCCGUUCGACCUGAUCAAGACGCGACUGCAGACAGCACCUCCGGGGACGUACACAGGAGCAGUCGAUGCGGUCAGGAAGACUCUGGCGAGAGAUGGAGCCACUGGACUGUACCGCGGUGUCGUUCCACCGUUACUGGGCGUGACACCCAUAUUUGCAGUAUCAUUCUGGGCCUACGAUAUGUCGAAAGCACUCAUUCUUGCUGUGACGCCAAACCGUAAAGAUCAAACACUAUCAAUAUCCGAACUUGCUACUGCCGGCUUCCUCUCCGCGGUACCCACCACACUCGUCACUGCGCCAGUCGAGCGUGCGAAGGUCCUGCUUCAGGUACAAGGGCAGGGACACGGUGGGCCUCAGUACAAUGGCAUGUUCGACGUCGUGAAGCAUCUGUACAAGGAGGGUGGUCUUCGAAGCGUAUUCCGAGGUUCCGCUGCCACGGUGGCACGCGACGGCCCUGGAAGCGCUGCAUACUUUGCGGCGUACGAGCUCACGAAGCGUGCUUUGACCCCAGCCGGCUCGUCCUCUGGGGAUCUGAACCUUGGCGCGAUCAUCAUGGCUGGAGGGACUGCUGGCGUCGCGAUGUGGUCCAUCGCGAUACCUCCUGAUGUGUUGAAGUCAAGAAUUCAGUCUGCGCCAACCGGGACAUACUCUGGUUUCAUGGAUUGCGCACGGAAGACUAUCGCUGCUGAUGGUGUCGGUGCAUUGUGGAAGGGCCUCGGUCCAGCUAUGGCUCGGGCAUUCCCGGCAAACGCUGCGACAUUCUUGGGUGUCGAGGCUUCACGGAAACUCAUGGACAAGUACUUCUGACGAUCUCAGGCAAAUCAGCAGGAGCGAUGUACGAUACCAAUCAAUGCUAUCAUUAUUGCUGCAGAGUUCGCUUCCGACUCGGAUCGGAGUCUCAGCUAUAGAGCCUCCAUUUCGUUGGCACGCCCUUGGGUAAUCCAUUUCAGGCCGUUCUGUAGGUAUGUAGAUGACCCUACAGCCAGUAAUGACUAGGACUAUCCAUCA